CCCCGCACCGGGCUGAGCGGGAGCGGAGCUGAGCCGGCAAUGGGCUGGGCAGGCAGCGGGUAGGGCCAGGGCGGGCGGGGAGGUGCGGAGCAACCCGCACCCCGCUCCGCACCCCACCAUGAGCCCCCGCUGAGCCCCGCUCGCUGCCUCGCUCGCUGGGUCGGUGGGUGGGUGGGGGGGUGUGUGCGGGGGUCUCCCUCUCCCCGCUCCCCCCCCGGCAACUUUGAACGAUGCUCACAGUCAACGCGGAUGGGAAGAUAAUGGUCAGAAGAUGCCUCGUCACCUUGAGACCCUUUAGGAUAUUCGUGCUGGGCAUCGGCUUUUUCACGCUGUGCUUCCUGAUGACGUCGCUGGGGGGACAGUUCUCAGCCAAGCGCCUGGGGGACUCGCCCUUCACCAUCAGGACCGAAGUGAUGGGCGCCCUGGAGUCCCGCGGGGUGCUGCGGCGGAUGAGCGACAUGCUGGAGAUGCUGAUGAAGAGGAUGGACAUCCUGGCCAGGCUGGAGAAUAGCACUGACUUCCACAAAGGGGAUGAAGCACGAUUCCCUCUGGACAGGUUCCAGCCAGCUGCUGGGUUGAUGGAGAGGAUCCAAGCUAUAGCUCAAAACGUCUCAGACAUCGCGAUAAAGGUUGAUCAGAUUCUCCGGAACAGCCUCCUGAAUGGCAAAGUGUUGGAAGGCAGGAGGGACCAGUGUGAGGUGCCCAGGGACCCCAAGUACCCUGACUGUGCUGGGAAAGUGGAGUGGAUGAGGGCCAGGUGGACCUCGGACCCCUGCUAUGCUUUUUUCGGCGUGGAUGGCACCGAGUGCUCCUUCCUCAUCUACCUCAGCGAAGUGGAGUGGUUCUGCCCCCCCCUGCCCUGGAGAAACCGCACUGCACCUUUGCCUUCCCCACCACCACUGCCCCGGGGGCAGGCAGCUUUCCAGAGCGAGCUGUCUCAGCUGCUGGAGCUGAUCGGCACGGGCAAGGAGUCCCUCAGCUUCAUGAAGAAGAGGAUCAGGCACCUGGCCCAGCAGUGGCUGCGGGGAGCUCGGCGCCUCGAGCAGAAGCUGAAGGGCCAGCAGCGGGACCAGAAACACAUCCUGAUCCACAUUGGCUUCCUGACGGAGGAGUCGGGAGAUGUUUUCAGUCCACGUGUGCUGAAGGGAGGUCCACUGGGUGAGAUGGUGCAGUGGGCUGACAUCCUGGCUGCCCUCUUCCUCCUGGGACACAGCCUGAGAGUCACUGUCUCCCUGAAGGAGCUGCAGAGUCACCUAGGGGUGCCACCAGGACGAGGGAACUGCCCUUUGACCAGUCCUUUGCCUUUUGACCUGAUCUACACUGACUACCAUGGCCUCCAGCAGAUGAAGCAGCACAUGGGGCUCUCCUUCAAGAAAUACAGGUGCCGCGUGCGGGUGAUCGAUACCUUUGGGACGGAGCCGGCCUACAACCACGAGGAGUACGCCACCCUGCGCGGCUACCGCACCAACUGGGGCUACUGGAACCUGCAGCCCACGCAGUUCAUGACCAUGUUCCCUCACACCCCUGACAACUCCUUCAUGGGCUUCGUGUCGGAGGAGCUCAACAAGACCGAGAGGCAGCUCAUCAAGUCCAACAAAGUGAGCAGCAUGGCAGUGGUGUAUGGGAAGGAGGCCAGCAUCUGGAAGGUAGGUGGCAAGGAGAAGUUCCUGGCCAUCCUCAACAAGUACAUGGAGAUCCAUGGCACAGUUUAUUACGAGACACAGCGGCCGCCCGAGGUGCCAGCGUUUGUGAAGAACCACGGGCUGCUGCCACAGCACGAGUUCCAGCAGCUGCUGAGGAAGGCAAAGCUCUUCAUUGGCUUUGGGUUCCCCUACGAGGGGCCUGCCCCGCUGGAGGCCAUCGCCAACGGCUGUGUGUUCCUGCAGGCUCGCUUCAACCCCCCCCACAGCUCCCUCAACCAUGAGUUCUUCCGCGGGAAGCCGACGUCGAGAGAGGUGUCCUCCCAACACCCAUAUGCUGAAGACUUCAUUGGGAAGCCACACGUGUGGACUGUUGACUACAACAACUCUGAGGAGUUUGAAGCUGCUAUCAAAACCAUCAUGAGAACCCAGGUGGACCCUUACCUGCCUUAUGAGUACACCUGUGAGGGGAUGCUGGAGCGGAUCCAUGCCUACAUUCAGCACCAGGAUUUCUGCACUACAUCAUCUCCUCCUCUGCCUCCCAAGGCCAAGAGUCCUGCUAUGCAAAGCUCUCCGAGCCCUCUGGCCCUGUCCCCCAACUCCACUCACCUGGUGUGGUCCCGCAGCGCCGGCCGGGCCCCCCGCGCCUGGCCGCCGGUGGCCUCCCUGCAGGCGUGGGUGUCGGAGCCCCAGCACUCCUGCACCCAGACCUGCCGGCAGCACGGGCUGGUCUGUGAGCCCACCUUCUUCAGCUUCCUCAACAAGAAGGAGGUGUUUCUCCAGCUCGGCAUCACCUGUGACAGCACGGAACACGAGAUGAACCACCUUUACCCGGCGGUGGCUGAGAACGUCCACGAGUGCUACCUCCAGAAGGAGCCUCUGCUCUUCAGCUGCGCGGGCUACAACACCAAGUACCGGCGCCUCUGCCCCUGCCGUGACUACCGCAAAGGACAAGUGGCUCUGUGCAGGGACUGCUUGUGACCUGCCCUGCCCCCGGCCGGGUGCGCCGUGCGCAGCCUGCGACGAGCGGCUUUGUCUCAAAGCUGCUGCGAUAGCCCAGGCAGGCGGCGCAGGUCCUUCCCGGCGGCCGAGCCGGGGCUGGCGGACCCUGGGGGUUGUUUUGUCCACCAGUCAACUGUGAAUAACCAUGUCCUGCCCUUUUGGUUCCAUUUCUUCUCGAGGAGCACUGUCCGGCCGCAUCUGAACCCUCCUGGACCUGGUGGCGCUGGGAUGGGGUGGUGUGGAGCAGAGGGUGGGGGGCAGGUGCCCCUGCCCCUCCUCUGGCAACGGGACAAGCCACCAGCAGACUGCAGUUUCAGGGUGUUCAUCCUCUUCCAGCAUCCGAGGUUGCUUUAUUUAUUGAAUUUAGUUUAUUUUUAACCCUCCCCCCCCGAUGAGUGGUAAAUUAAAGGGGAAGCAA